AUGCCACGUCAAAGUAAAAAGAUCUCAAAAGAUUCAAAUGCACCUAAACGACCAUUGUCAGGAUAUUUUUUAUUUGCACGUGAUGAACGACCAAAAAUUAAAUUGACUCAACCAAAUGUUGCUACAACAGAAGUAAUGAAAGUAAUCGGCGAACGAUGGUCAAAUUUAGAUGUUGAUUUGAAAAAACAAUAUGUUAAAUUAGCAGCAGAAGAAAAAAUUCGAUAUGAUCAAGAGAUGGCUAUUUAUCGGCAAAAAAAAACAAUGACAAAUCCCAUUGUAUCGAUGGACAACCAAGUAUCCAUCAGCGAAUAA